AUGGCUUGUUCUGCUACUCAAUGUGUAUGUGCUCAAAAAUCAACUUGUUCAUGUGGUAAACAACCAGCAUUAAAAUGUAAUUGUUCUAAAGCUUCAAUAGAAAAUAUUAUCCCAUUAUCAAAUGAUGCUUGUGCUUGUGGUAAAAGAAAUAAAUCAAAUUGUACUUGUGGUGUUAAUUCUAUUUGUGAUGGUAAUAGAGAUGGAGAAAUUGAUUUCACUAAUUUGAAGUAA